AUAUAUAGCGGCGCAGCCUCGGACCCAGACCGCUGACGGUGCGACGGGUUCCUUCGGUGGCUCCAGCGCGAGGCUGCACCGUCCUGGGUGGCUGGGGUAGUUCGGUAAACAAAAAUAUUCACCGUCGUCAAUAUCAUCGGCCAUUGUCUGUCCACUGCCCGGAUGAGCCGCCGUCGGCAACAUUCGCGCUCCAUUGCUGCUGCCAUUCUCACAGGGCUUGCUUGACCAUACUUCACCAGGCGGGUUCGUGAAUGGAGUUUUAAUGUCCACUUAGAUCGGUAAGGAUUUUUUUUUGGUGCCAUUAGCUUCGCCUGCAACUUGACCUGCGGGAGGAAGAGACUCGCAACGCUGAACGACUCGUCUUCGUUCAUCGGCAGUGCUGAAGCACGGGUCCUGAGUUCGAUGGUUGCGUAAGGCAGCUGGCGUGAGUACUCCCCGCAACACCGCACAAGCACGUGCCCCCGAGCAUCCGUCUGACCACCAGCUCCUCCGGCACGAUGGACGCGUUGCGCGGCGCAGGGGUGCAGGUGACGGUGCUCUUCCAGGGCUGGUUCCAGGGCAUCCACGAGGUGAUGCACCUCAUGUCCAGCCUGGGCGACAUCCGCAGCGCCUACUUGCUCUACUUCCCCAUCUGCUACCACCUGGCGCCACGGGUCGCCGCAAGGCUGGUGUGGGCUGCCGUGGUCGGAGACUGGAUCAACAUGAUUCUCAAGUGGGUCAUCUCGGGCCAGAGGCCGUACUGGUGGGUGCUCGAGACGCAGUACUACGGGAACGCCGCUCCUCCGCAUCUCAACCAGUACCCCAUCACCUGCGAGACCGGCCCAGGUACACCAUCCGGACACGCAAUGGGCUCUGCGUGCGUGUGGUACGUGAUGGUGACGGCCGCUCUGGAGAGCGAUCUGUGCACCAAGCGGAAACCCUUCUCGGACCACAGGCGGCUGUGUCGCGUUGCCCUCUGGCUGCUCUUCUGGUUCGUCCAGAUCAACGUGUGCGUCUCUAGGGUGUUCGUUGCCACCCACUUCCCGCACCAAGUCAUCCUCGGACUGCUGGGCGGGAUCCUCGUGGCCGAGGUGUUCGGCCGCGUCCGCCUCAUCCACGGCGCGCGGCUGCACGCGCACGCCGCCCUCUGCGCUCUGCUCCUGCUGGUGGCCCUCUUCGUCCACGACGGCGCCGCGCGCAUCGCCCAAGUCGACCUCGACUGGUCGGUGGCGCUCGCGCGCAAGCGCUGCGCCCGCGCCGAGUGGGUCCACGUGGACACGACCCCCUUCGCCGGGCUGGCACGGGGGCUGGGCGCGCUCUUCGGCCUGGGGCUGGGUCUCCACGUGCGCGACCGCUUCGUAACGGGAACCUCCUCCGAGGUCGGCGAUGAGAAGGAGGGGGAGGAAGAGGCGGAGAGGGAGCCGACAUCGCCGGCAUUUCAAGGCUGCUGCAUCGCCGCGUCCCUGCUGGCCGUGCACGUCCUCGAGUGGAUCGUCCCCAUGCCCCAGAGGGCCGGUGGCCUCUUUUACUUCGUGGCCUUCUGCCGCAGUGUCCUGGGGCCCGUCGCCGUGGUGGCCGCGACGCCCUACUGCGUGCGCAUGCUGGUCGGGCCAUUGGCCAAGAUGAAGGGGUCCUGAUGGCCCAGGUGCUGAGGACCGGCCUUGUGUCUGAUCAACUUGAAUCGUAGCUCUUAUUCGUCGUUUUUUUGUUGUAUAACGUCUUUUUUAUAUAUAUACACACACCUUAGAUAACAGUGUUACGGUAGGAUGUCUUGGAAGGAGGUUUUAAAGCGAGGCGUACUGCUUUCAUGCGUCGAGCGUAAUCAAGUAAUGGUCACAUGGAUGAUCGUUUUAGUUCUCGUAGUGUGGAAAUUGAUAGUAGUUGUAAUUUGCACAGUGUGCGCGAUAUAUUAAAUUCCUUGCAGAUGUCCUCUGCACCAUUUUGCCAUUUGUUAUUGUUACAUUUUCGUAAUCCAGGUCUGCCAUAAAAAAGAGACGUAUUGUCUCUAAGGGCUCUCACUUGAUUCAACGUGAAAGGCUACCUAGCCGCUGCAUACAGUAUAUGUUAAUAUUUAAAAAAAACAAUAUUCCGCUUGUGCCUACACAAUUGCCGCAGUCGUUGUUGAGUUUCGUGGGGUCAUGAUGAAUGCACUGUAAAAGGUUCUACGUAGCUUGGCCCAAUAACACAAUCACAACCUCCCCUGCGGGUUACACUGCAGUGUCCACCACCCAGACAGACGUUGACAUUUCUCACUGCAUGGAGUCGAUGGCAAGACCUCUCAUGCACAGGGAUGGCUUGAUUAGACUCCAAUUCGAGGACGCGGCAGUUUCAUGAAAAGGUUUACCCAGGUAGACGUCAUGAUCAUUUCAACUUGUAACGCGUCGCAGGGAACAACUCAGAGGCGCGAGGAGCCACAGACAAGCAGGAAGGGCAGCCACGCAAUGAGCCGGCACCAACAAUUGCCCAAGCUCUGCGGUCCUCUAUGUCAAUGCGAUUUGGGCCAGUUAAUGAGUGUUUACACGACAUAUACACGUGGCUGUAUUUAAUACUUGGCAGUGGCUGGAUAAAAGCUUCCACCACCAGACGGUUAGGAGAGCCGAUCUGCGUCUGCCACCAGAAUUGGUGUUGAUUUGCUGACGCGCCUGCUUGUCUCCCGGCUCCAACGAGCAAUGGAACAGAGCUUAAUUCCAUAGAUGCCCCCGAGACAGUCAUGGAAAGUCCACAUUUUAUAGCCUCGUUCUGUUGAAUAAAAAAUAACCCCCUGUAAAUUGUUGACCUUAGAGUUAUGAUGGCCCGAGUCAACUCCAAACCAGAUCUUUGCACACAGAUUUCAACGUAUUACAAUCAUAAGUCACGUGUCAUUUGCAACUCUAAAAGAUGCUGGCUGUAAUUAGCAGCGAAACAUCGUAGUCAAAAAUUGUAAAUGUUGUGGAUUCACUCUUCAACACACCAGUGGGCUAAAGUAGUGAGCUAUUUUUAUUUUGUCAACGUGACACUUUUUUACUGAUUGGCCGUGUCGGGUUGUGGAGGGUUACGACACAUUUAUAAAUAACGCGAUCUAACCCAAAGACGUUUAUUAUGAAUAAUAUUGGUCGCGAAAGCCAACGUGUUAAUAAAUGUUGUUGUCUGUUUAUGUUUAUGUACGUACACACAGCAAAUGCAUCAUUGGUGGCUGUAAGGCAAACAUAAAAUGUAAUGAAAUUGCUCUAUUUA